AUGUCUGAGAGUAACGCUUCACCGCGAGACGAGUCACAGCCAGCUCCGGCGUCUGCAAGACGUCGAAAACCUCGUCCGUCUCGAGGCAAAGGACUCCGUACCACCACAGGAUGUAUCGUAUGCCGAACGCGUCACAUGAAAUGUGAUGAGAAGAGGCCAACAUGUUCUGCUUGUUUCAAAAGCAAGCGAGAGUGCAUAUAUGUCACGACUCAUGUGAGUAGGCAUGAAUCUGAUGAAUCGCGCCCGAGCGCGAUCGCUUCGCCUGCUUUGCCCCGGGAAAGUGCUUUCGAAGGCGCGCAAUAUGUGGAAGCAGGUGCAAUCCGACCACCACCUGACGUGCUACCGAGUCUGCCUUACCAGGAAGACCAUGGCAGAGCUCUCCAUAUAGCACCUCCGGGUGUGCAUGCUCCCGAUUUCGCUAGACAACGUGAUGAUCAUCAAACCUCGAGUCCUCGAUCGAGCUUGAGUGGCAGUACUGCCUAUGCCGCUGACAUCGCGCCUCUAAGAUGGUUCGGUCUACUCGCUGGAGACGCUACAAAUGCCGAGUGGAAUCUCAACCCAAUCUCGCCGAACCUUCUCACAACGCAGAACAUCGCAUCUAGUGCUCCUGCCCAGUAUACAAGUGGGGGCUCCUUCGUGCGACAAUCAGGGCUUAUCCAAGGAUCUUACACGCCUUCCAUAAUCCCACAUGAGGCAGUGACCUUAUCUGAUCAAGAGGUCUCCAUAUUCAGGUAUUUCGUCACGACUUUUAGCCGAUGGAUUGACCUUACGGACCCACAUCAACAUUUCUCGGUCAUGGUGCCACACCUUGCUCUCCGCAAUCAAGGCUUGAUGAAAGCAAUACUGGCUUUAUGUGCACGACAUCUGUCACUCAAGCCAAUCCCUGGUCUGGCUCCUGAUCGUACACUCGCAGUACUAUACUAUUACGAGACACUCCAAUAUCUUCAGCAGGCUAUGAAGAGUGAGGCCUACCUCCGAAGCGAAGAACUACUGGUGACUACCAUGAUCAUAAGCACAUACGAAAUGAUUGAUGGUGAAGGCAAGAGCUGGGAGCGUCACCUUCGAGGUAUCUUCUGGGUACAAAGAUCUCGUGAGAUAAAUGGCGAGUCUGGAGGUCUGAGUCAAGCUAUCUGGUGGGCCUGGCUACGACAAGAUGUGUGGGCUGCCUUUCGCGAAGGACGGAAAGUGUUAAGCUUCUUCAAACCGACGAAACCAUACUACGCAAUGGAUCACUGGGAUAUCGCCGCAAGAUGUGUGUACUUGGUAGCACAAUGCGUCAAUUACAGCUCGGAACAAGAGAUUGAAGCCGGUAAGUCGGAUUUGAUCAUGCGAUUAGCCAAAGCGGAUGAGCUAUCGACCAAGCUAGAAGACUGGUACCAGCAUCUGACUAGCCACUUCAAUCCCUUGCCUUGUAUCAACACUUCUCAAGGGCCAUUCAAACCCAUCUGGAUUCAUCCUCUAGUCUUUGGUGUCGGUCUCCAGAUGUACCACUUUGCCAAGAUACUACUACAGAUCUGUACUCCAGCGGCCGGAGGUCUCAAAGAAUACAUGGCGAGAGAACGUGCUCUCAAUGAGUCAAUCGAUGUCAUUUGCGGUAUCGCUCUGGCUACUGACGAUGAUGCGGCUAUCGUCAUUUCGACACAGUGUAUCUUCGCUGCAGGACUACACACCCAAGAUCCAGGAAAGAGAGUAGCUGUACUAGGCAUAAUUGCACAACAUCAAGCUCGUACUGGCUGGCCUGUACAUGACCUUCGCAUCGACUUGGAAGCAGAGUGGAGUAAAACCGACAAUCCAAGAUGA